UUUCUGUUCAAUCACACACACACACACACCCCGCGUUCACUCCUUCCCCCUCAGAAUCCAAACCCUCCUCCUUUUUCCCCUGAAAUUCUCGUCGUUCGCACUCGACCACCCCCCUCCACUUCACUUCCCGCCACCCAGCACCCAUGUCAGGCACGGACGCUGAUCUGUCGUCUGCCUCUGCCGCUGCCGCUGCUGCGGGGUCUGGGUCUGCGCCGCUGAACGACGGCUCGCUGAUGACUGGAGUCGAGCUCAAGAAGGCCGACGCGCUCGACGUUGCCUCUGCCUUGAAGCGGUACAUUCAGUCAGACUUCAAGCAAGACCCAGCGCCAUACGCAACAGACCUUGCUCGGCUGCAGCGUAUUCGAGACGACGCAGUGGUCAGCGUCGCUCGCUCUGAGAAUGGCAGAAUCGCCAUCCUGAACUACUAUGCUCAGCUCGAACGCCUCGAACUGAGAUUCCCGUUGAACGAGCACGGCGUGCGGAUGCCAUUCACUUGGACAGAUCUGCUCACGGGCAAGUCGGUCAAGCAGUUUAGCGUCGCCUACGAGAAGGCUUGCACCCUGUUCAACCUCGUCGCCAUCUCGUCCCAAGUCGCUGUUCGCUCCGACCAUACCACGUCCGAAGGCCUCAAGCACCAGGCAUCCCUCUUCCAGUUUGCUGCAGGCGUUUGCAAGUACAUUGGUGAAAACUUUCUUCAUGCCCCCACCGUCGACAUUUCGCGCGAUUUCAUUGGCGCCUUCCGCAACUUGAUGAUGGCACAAGCCCAGGAAUGCUUCCUCAUGAAAUCUACCAUGGACCACCUCAAGCCUUCUGUCGUCUGCAAGGUGGCUGCCCAAACGGCGGCCUUUUACGAUGACAUUGCGACUGCGUUUGCUGCCGCGCCGCUUGUCGACGUGAUUGACAAGGCCUGGGUCAAGAUCAUCCAGACCAAGGCACGCAUGUACCGCGCUGUGACGCAGCACCAGGGCGCGAUGGCGGCGGUGACCACAGCUGGCACCACUGCCGAGGAACAGUACGGGGUUGAGCUUGCGCGACUCCGUCUUGCGCACCAGUUCAUCCAAGAGGCUUCGCAGAUUCUCAAUGCAAAGCCAGACAAGUCUGCCGACUCCAAGGCCGACAAGAAGAAGUCUGCAGCAGGUUUGAGCAGCUCCUCCUCGUCGUCGGCGGCGGCGGGUGCUAUGGGUGUGGCGGGAGCAGUCACCACGAACUUGCAGCAGGUACAAAACACGCUUGCGGAAGCCGUCGCCUUGCACCUUCACUCCAUCACGCGAGCGCUGCAACAAGCCCAGAAGGACAAUGACAAUGUCUACCACGUCACGGAAACCCCCGUGUCUGCCCUGCCCGAGAUCAAGGGGUCCAUUUUGGCCAACGUGACCCCGUUUGAGCCACGGGCCUUUGUCAUCAAAAUGCUGGAAGACCGCCAGGAGCUCUUCCCCAAUCUCUUCCCGACGCACGUCGAGGAGGCCAAUCUCGCCUACCGCGAGGAAGCGAACGAGAUUGUGCGCAAAAUGUCGUCGCAGCUGGCCGAGCGUGAUGCAGCCAUGACCCGCAUGUUGGACGCGAUGCGAUUGCCGCGCGCCAUUGAUGAGAUUGGGCAGCCGUAUGCGCUUCCAGAGCUGCUCAUCACAAAAUCCAAGCAAGCCAUCACGGCAGGCGGCCUUUCGAGCAUUCAGCACGGCUUUGAGGCUCUGCAGCAGGUUGCCUCCAAGGCCACCGACUCAAUCUCCAAUCUCAAAGCUGCCAUUCAGCGCGACGAAGACGCCGAGCAAGAAGCGCUGCGAGAGCAUGGCGCUGAUCGUUGGACACGCACGACCGUUGAUGCAAACGCCUUGGACGCGUUGCGAUCGGAUGUGCGCAUCUUGGAAGGCAAGCUGACCGAAGCCCAAGCGUCCGAUCAGGCGCUUGUGGGCUUGCUUGACUCGACUCGCGACAGCAUCCGCAUGCUGUGCGCCGGCCCCGAUGGGAUUUUGGCAGCGCUGCCGGCGGCAAACCUGCUCGACACUGCCGCGACCGAGGACCCCUCGAUCGCCAAGCUCCGUUCACUCAUGUCCAGAGUGACGACGCUGCAAAUGACUCGCAAAAAGCUGCUCGACGACGCCCGGCGUCUCGCGUCGACCGACAACCCGCGCUCUGCAUUACUUGCCGCUGGCGUCAACACGAAAGAGCGCAAGAAGAUUGUUGCGAGCCAGCUGCAAAAGUACACGACGAUGGUGGACCAGCAGUUUGCUUCCAAUGAGACGGAGGAUGUGCUGAUGCGCGAGAUUACCGCGGAAAAUGCCAAUUUCGUCACUUCUCAGCGAGGCAACGCGGAGCAGGAGGUGCGCGCCAAGCGCGACCAGACGGUGGCUUCCAUCAUGACUGCGUUUGACGUUUUCAUGGACAUUCAGCGGAAAAUUGGCCAAGGCGUGGACUUUUACUGCCAGCUUGGAGAGGCACUCGAUCGGCACGCCCUGGCGGGUGCAGACAUGUUUGUUCGACGCAGCAAGUCGCGAGAUUUGCAGCGAGCUCGCCUCUCCUCUGCCUUGCGCGAGCAGUCCGUCCCGUCCACUCCGACCGUUCCCAGCGUCCCGACAACCCCUUCGUCUGCCCUGACGCUCAAUCUGACACCCCUGCCCACCGUGCCAGCCUCUCCAUCAUCGCUUCACACGCCUCUGGGCAACGCUCCAAGCCUGCCGCUCAGUCCGCUCGCAUCAAACAAUGACGACAUGUUCACUGUGCAGCAACAGCAGUCGCAACUGACCCAGCAACAGCACCUGCAGCAGCAGCAAUAUGCCUUUAGCCAGGCGCAAGCGUGGCGCACUCGAAUGCAGCAAGAGCAAGCAGAAUUGGCCGCCCAGCGCGCCAUAUUCGAGAUGGAGCUCCAACGCCAGCAGCAGGAAAAGCAGGCACAGCUCUUGUUGCAGCAGCAAAAGCUUGAACAAGCGCAGCGCGAGGCUCAAGAGCAAGCAGCGGUUGCAGCAGCUGCCGCUGCGGCGCGCGCAUUCCAGCAACGCCAGCAACAGUUGUUGCAAGAGCAGCAGCAGCAGCAGCAGCAGCAGCAGCAGCAGCAACAACAGCAGCAACAACAGCAACAGCAACAACAGCAAAUGCAAAUGCAAAUGCAAAUGCAGCAACCAACGUUCGCCCCUGGACUCGCGGAGAUUCCUGCCGACUUGCCUGCAGUUUCGAGUACCAUGGGUGGUGUGGGUGACGAGUUGAGCGCCUUGCGAUCCCGGCUGGCUGCUAUGGCGGUUCACGCCGACCCCCUUUCGAGCAACACUCUGCAUCACCAUCAGCCACAGCAAUACCAAGCGCAGCAGCAACAGCAGCCGCAGCAACAGCAACAACAGCAGUAUCAGCAACAGCAGCAGCAGUUUGGAUCGCCGUUGCAGCAACCAGCAGUUGCACUGCCCGCAGGACGGUUCCGCGACAGCUCUCUGUUUGCCGAGUCGGCGUUCUCUGUGAGCUUUGCCGUCCCCCAGUCGGGAUUGCAGCCUGCUCCUCACAUUGUCGGGUCGUGGACUCCGCUGCCAGACUCGUCUUUGGCUCCGUUCCAGCAUCUUGGGGGCGACACGUCCCUGCGUACGUUUGGUCUCAGCGGCGACGCGACAAAUGGUGUGGGACUACGGCAGCAAGAACAGGCUCAGGUGCCGCACCAGCACCAGCAGCAGCCGGUUUCCGAGUACGAGUUCUCGUCAUCUGCGCUGUCCAACCAACUUUCGUCAGCCAAUCAUCAACAGGUGCUGACAUUGCCGCAGCAACAUCAACCGGAACAACACUCCUUCCCCGAUCGGUUCAAUAGCUUGCAACAGCAACAGCCACAUCAGCAGCCACAUCAGCACCAACAACAGUAUCAACAACAGCAGCAGCCUUCUCCUGCAGCGUACGCAGGCUCCUUCCAGUCGCAGGAACAACAGCCAGCGGGUGGACGGUUUGAUCCAUUCUCGGCCCCUUCGACAGAAAUGAUGUCUGCUCCGUCAACGUCUCUCUUCAGCCUCUCGCCGCACGAUUCUCUGACGAACAGCGCCAGUAACAGCAGCUCGCAUGGACGCGGGAUGAGUUAUGGGUAUCAGGCAGCAGCGUCGCAACAACAGCCACAGCAGCAACAUCAUCACCAGCAACAUCAGCAACAGCAACAACAGCCUCCUUCGCGAGAUUUUGCCUUGUUUGCAAGUCCCGCCCUCGGAAAUGGCAUCAAUGGAGGUCACGACUCGCUGUUGUACGGCGGCGACAAGUAUCAAUCGCUGGAUCAUCAGUACCAGCAAUCAUCUUUGCAACAGCUUGUUCCCAGCAAUGCGAGCUCGAGUCACAAUUCAAGCUCCUUGUUUGAUCGUUCUCCCGUAUCGCCGCCAGUGAUGCAAAGUCCCAAGCAGCAGCCCCACCAAACGCAGUCGCAGCUGGUCUCCUCGCAGUACCAACAGCAACAGCAGCAGCAGCAGCACCAACUGCAGCAAGAGCAUCAGCAAUACCAACAGUAUGUUCCGCCGGCAUCGGAAGCGACGGAUGGGUUUGGCUACCAAACACCCGCGUCUGCCAAUCGAGCAUUUGAUCUCAACUCGUUCCAUCCGCAGCCAGCUCAGCAGCAGCAGCAGCAGCAGCAGCAGCAGCAUCAACCUCAGCAGCAAUCUUACUCGCCUCAAGUUCAGCUAUCGCAGCCAACGUCGUACAUUUCCGAACUCUCCGCCCUGCAACAGCAACAGCCGCAACAACACCAGAGCCAAUACGCGGCUUUCGGUUAUCAGCCCUCCAAUGCCCAGCAGGUUCCACAACAGACACAAGUGUACUCGACGUUGCAACACUCAACGCAAGGAGCGUAUGUGCCGCAACAAGGUUUGCAUACGCAGAGCUAUUCCUCCGAACCUCAGCAGCAUUCGACUCUUGCUUCUCCCCAAUCCUCCUGGUCGAGUCAAUCUUUGCAGAUGCAACAGCCGGUCUAUGUUCCGCAGCAGCAGCAGCAGCAGCAGCAAGCCUGGUCGAGUCUGCCACAGAGCCAGUAUUCUGCUUCAAGUUAUCAGAACUCGCACGCUGGGGUGAAUGCUGAGCUGUCGUAUGGUUUGCCGCAGCAACAGCAGCAACAACAACAAGAGCCUUUGCAGCAACAUCAAUCAAAUCCUCCGCAGCAGUCGUUUGAACAGCCAAUCUACUCGCAGCAGCAGACCCAGCAGCAGCAGCAGUAUCAGCCCUAUCAGCAACAGGUCCAAUCGUCCUACCAGAGCCACGCGCCUCAAGCGAGCCAGUCGUUGUUUUCGGCACAACAGCAACCGACGUCAUACGACGCCCAGCAGUCGUAUGGUGGUGCGCCGCAGCAGCAGCAGUCGUACAUGUCCGAGUUGCCCUACCAGCCCCAGCAGCUGCUUGUUCCACCUCAAGCGUCUCUCAGCCAAGUCGACCAACUGCUGCUGCUCUAAUAUCGCGCCGAGUUGUCUCAAAUCCGUGUGAUUGUUUCGUGUAAAUCCACUGUGUUUCCGAA